AUGACCGAUUUUUUUCUUGUCUUGCAUGCGCGAGUGUGAUUGCACUGAGCCUUGAAUUAGAAUUUGAUGUGAUAAAUAGAUGAAAGACGAUAAGUUAUGUAUCAUGAUCUGGAGAGAUGGUUUGUUGUAUAGUUAGUGGAGCAGCAAACUAUUGACUCCGUGGCUAGCUGUAACUACACGCUAUCGCUAACUAACGUUAGUUAGCUUGACAAGCAAAACAAAUCAGUUCCUCUGCUGUAGGCAGUCAAUCAACUCAUCGCAGAGCUAAAGUCUCCCAGUCUCAGUCCUUCUAAGGCGUGUGUUCUGCGGAGGCCCCAGUGAGAAGAGGACCCCAUGCUGAUUAAUGCCAGGCCGCACUGUGCUUUCUGCAUUCUGCCACUCAAAUGCCUGUCUGCCUGUGGAGGAGGUGUAAUUAAGGAUUCCCACAUUUCAUUAGCUGGUCUGUGCUUCCUGCUCCAGCCGCCACCAUGUUCUGGAAGUUCGACCUACACACCACCUCCCACAUUGACCAGCUCCUGGACCGGGAGGACGUGACUUUGAGAGAGUUGAUGGAGGAGGAAGAUGUGCUGCAGGAGUGCAAGGCCCAGAACCGCAGACUUCUGCUCUUCCUCUCUCAAGACCACUGCAUGCAGGAGCUGGUCACACUUAUCACACAGGAGCCACCUGCAGACCUGGAGGAGAAAACACGUUUCAAGUUUCCCAACAUUGCCUGUGAGCUCCUGACGUCUGAUGUUGCCCUGAUCAAUGAUAAGCUCGGUGGAGACGAGUCUCUUCUAGAGAAGCUCUACAGCUUCCUGGAACAGGAUCCACCUCUUAACCCCCUUUUGGCCUCCUUUUUCAGCAAGACCAUCGGCAACCUUAUUACCCGCAAGACAGAGCAGGUCAUCUCGUUCCUGAGGAAAAAACACAGCUUUAUCAGCCUAGUGCUGAACCACAUAGACGCCUCAGCCAUGAUGGACCUGCUGCUGCGUCUUAUCAGCUGUGUUGAGCCCGCCCCUUUGAGACAGGAGGUCCUUAAUUGGCUGAAUGAAGAGAGGCUGAUCCAAAGGCUCACAGAGCUCAUGCAUACAGGCAGAGAUGAGGAGAGACAAUCCAAUGCAUCCCAGACUCUUUGUGACAUCAUCCGUCUCAGUCGAGACCAAGCCAAUCAGCUGCCUGAGGCUGUGGAAACAGACCCUUUACUGGCUGUUCUCGAGUCACAGGAGAAUGUGGCAGAACUUUUGAAGAGCAUGUUCGAAGGGGAGAAGACUGAAGCCUCUAUUGUCAAUGGAACUCAAGUGCUUCUUACAUUACUGGAGUCAAGGAGGUCAGGGCUGGAGGGUCUGAUGGACCUGUAUUCUCAGGGAUGUGAAAGGUCUUACACUGUCAGCAGCAGUAUUCUACGUGCUAUUGAGCCUCAUCUAAAGGACUUCCAGCAACUCCUACUGGACCCUCCUAAGAAAAGUGCAAUACUUACGACCGUCGGCGUUCUGGAGCAGCCGCUUGGGAACGCCCGCCUUCAUGUGGCCAGACUGGUGGCCGCCCUGCUGCAGACCAACGACCUCAGCAUCUGCCAGGAGUUGUGCAGACUGAACACCAUGGACCUGCUGCUGGAUUUGUUCUUCAAGUACACCUGGAAUAACUUCUUGCACUUGCAAGUGGAGCUGUGUGUGGCAUCCAUUCUGAACCACUUCACCCAUGUAGACAUACCAACCCCUGGUCUUCAGAACCAUGACGAGAGGCCUGCAGCAGGCACAGACAGCCAAGGAGAGGAGGAGAAGCCAGACCAGAGGGGAAACCAGGAAGCAGCACACACCCCUAUUCAAGACACUUUGGUGGCUCAUCUCUUCCAGCAGUGUCGUCUGGUCCAGAGAAUCCUGGAUGCGUGGGAGGAAAAUGACAGAAUUCAGGCGGACGGCGGCAGGAGAAGAGGGAAUAUGGGUCAUCUGACUAGAAUUGCCAACACUGUGGUUCAGAACCUGGAUAAAGGCCUGAUUCAGUCCAAAAUCAGCGACAUGAUCAAAGAGCUACCAGAAGACUGCAGAGGCCGCUGGGAGAGUUUUGUUGGAGAGACUUUGAGAGAAACCAACAGAAAAAACACAGUUGAUUUGGUGAGCACACAUAAUCUUCAUUCGUCGAGUGAGGAUGAUGACAUGGAGAACCCCUUCCCUAACGACCUGUCCAUCCAGCAGGCAUUUUCAGAUUAUCAGAUCCAGCAGAUGACUGCCAACUUUGUGGAUCAGUUUGGCUUCAAUGAUGAGGAAUUCAGUGAGCAUGAAGAAAACAUCAAUGCUUCAUUUGAUCGGAUUGCUGAGAUUAACUUCAACAUAGAUGCAGAUGAUAAUAGUGCCAAUGCUGCUGCCUUCGAGGCGUGUUGUAAGGAGAGAAUCCAACAGUUUGAUGACUGUGAGGAGGACGAAGAGGACAUUUGGGAGGAUAAAGAGAUCAACUAUGCAACUCAAGUCAAAUCCAGAUCUAGGUUCGGAGUAUCUAUUCCAUCAGAGGGCUCAUCCAAGGGUCCUCUGCGGAACGGUGGGCGGGGCCGCGGGUCGGCCUCUGAAGAGGAGGAGGAUGAAGAGGAUGAUGAGACUAAACAGCCCUCUGCACAGAAGCAGUCAGAAUCCUCACACACACAAGGUUCUGGAUGGACGGCAGGUUACGGAGAGGCAGAGGUCAACUCCUCAGCCCUUGGCUCGAGUUCUUGGGGUUCCCCCUCUUCUGAGCAGGGCAGUGACAGUCAGCAGGAGACGGGCUGGGCCACCUUCACAGAGUUUCAACCUUUCUGCAGCUCAGAGCCUAGUCACUCAGAGGGACAGGCUCAACCAAACCAGAAGAACUUGAAAAGCUCUCCCCCAGGUGUGUGGGAGGGCAAAAAAGCCCCCCUAGUGGCCUCAGACAGCAGCUCCUCAGGAGGAUCGGACAGUGAAGAGGAGAUCUCCGAAGACAAGACCGAGGGCUCUCCCAAAAGCUCCGUCAGCCAGAAAGCAGCAACCAAGAGUGAGGUGCCAACUGAGUCCAUGGAGAAACUCACCAUUUCAGAUGGACCCUUGAGGGCCAAAGAGUCUGAAGUUCCUGAGGGGGCUCAGGGCCCUCCAGGAGACUCCCAAAACACCACUGUGACAGACAAGAAAGUUGAUGCACCCUCAUCAGCUGAGAUCACACCCAAUGGGCCGGUGUGAAAGCUUCUGAAAACGACAGAGGGCUGGUCACACCCACUCUUCGCCGCUUCCAUUCUUAACCCCCAAAACCUCAAUACCACUUCUGGUGUUUAAAUAAAUGAUGCUGCCAUGUUAUCGGACCUGGAUACUGCCAAUCAGCACCCAUCUUUGGAGGAGGAGGAGGAGGAGGAGGAGGAGGCCAGGGGCGCGUAACACAAACCAGUAACCAGAACUGUCCUCAGAGGAGUGUCUUUUAAUCCUUUUAACUUUGUAUGAAAUAUGCAGUUUUAAAUGUAGCAGUGACCUUUCAUUUACAGAAUUUGGGGAUUCUACUUCUCCUUAAUUUUCUGGAAGACAUAGCUCACACAGCGUCCGAUCGUUGACACAGGGAUCUGAAGGCCCUCAAUAGGAAAGCACAGGUUAACUCAUCAGGAUAUUACGCUUCAACAAGUCCUUUUUUUUUAAAUCAGAGCUGUGUCACUCAUGAAGCACUUAUGCAACCAUUUACUGUAUAUUUAAGCACAACGUACGUAUUAUUUAAUUCUUGACAUUCAUCUGGACAAGAUGACGUCUCAUCGGGCCCUCUCUAAAAACCAUAAUGGGGGUUUUCAAAUUGACAUUUAAGGAAAGGGUUAUCAAAGUUAUCCAGAUAAAAUCAGAUAUAUGAACAUUUUCAAGUGAUUUUUAGGAUUCGGUUAAGGAUAAUGGGUCGAUGCUCCAAGCCCAAAACAGUGUCACUGCUUUCUCUUCAUCAUGUGCAAUAAUGACAUUUAGCCAUUUUAUUUAAAUUUACACCAUUUGAUAAUUAAGUGUUGCAGAUGGGAAGUAUCUUUAAAGGGUCAGGUUUGAUUUUGCUUUUAUUUUUGAAUUUGCUGCAUGUUGUGCAUUAUAAAUCAAACAUAUACAAACAACUGGUUUUCUGUUGGUUUCCUAGCUAGCUAGCAAAGACCUUUUGAUUGUAUUGAAUCACAUUCGUCCAGUUCUUGCCCUUAAAUCAACCAAACAUGAAUCUACCAGAACGUAUUAGCCAAUCCACUAUUUGCUAAACUAUUUCCUAAAGAGUAAAUCAUGCAGUUUAAUGCAGCACUUAUUCAAGUGAAAUAAGUUUGUUGUGAACUUUGCCUUAAGUAACAAAUCUCAAAAUUAUAUUCAAGAAGUCUACUUGGGCAAUGAGCUUUCUGUAAAUCUGUAAGCAUUAUAUGGAUUAACUGUGCUUUCAGUAACCUAGUUUGUGCACAUACGAUACACACAGUUACUUUUUUUUUUUCCUCCCUCAAAAGGCAAAGCAAUUGUAGUUUCUGUCCCAUGCACAAAAACCAUGUUUUCAAUCUUCGUUUGAGGACACUGCUGUUCUAUGGAAGGUGCUGCAAGGACAGCAGUCAACAGCAACAAAAUUUCAGAAAUGGAAUCAUUGCUAACACCAAGGUCCUAAUUGUGUAAUAUUUCAUCUUAAAAUGGUUUUAUUUUGCUUAAGGAACUUUUCUUUGGAUCUGUUUUCAUUUAUCAUAUCAACACAAGUGUAAUAUGGUACCAAAUCUGUUGGAAUUUACAGGAUUGGGUUUUGCAUUAUUUAUUUUGCACUUAAGGUGUUUAAGUGGAGACCAGUGCACCUGUGAUGCAGUGUAACACUUUUAUUGUGAUCUCUGAAGUUCUCUCACUCAGAGUUUUGAAGCCUCUGUUGGAUUUGUUCCUAUAUCUCUGAUGUUUUCAAACAGGUUUGUUUCCAAAGCCAAAA